AUGGGGAAAGAUUUUAUUCUGAGGUUGGAUGAAGAUGGCGAUGGUACGGUACCUCUCUGCGAAGUUCGACAUCUUUUAAGUGAAAACAAGCGGCAGGUAAAUCUUAAAGAUGGCCAAAUACUAGCUUUAUUGGAAGCAGCAGACAAUAACCGCGACAAUGUUUUGGAUCUCAAUGAGUUUAUGCUUCUUAUUACUUCAGCUCAAGCUCAAGAAAGCAAGAAAAUACGGUUUUUGUACUCUGUUGCCGACACAGUUAUCUCAAAAACAGAGAGACCUGCUGUUCAUACCUACCUCGACGAGUAUAAUUGCUUCCCUCCUCCUUUGUUCAUUAUUUUAAUCAGUCUUAUUCAGGUUCUAACUUUCGUUAUUUAUUACAUGAAUGAUGAAGAUGCAUCUCCAGCAUAUUUUUGUGCAGGAUGUUUCCUACCCGACGGGAGCCCGGGACCGUUACUUUUUGCGCCCUCAUUGCGAAAAGAAGUCUGGCGUUUUGUAACAUAUCAGUUCAUUCAUCAGGGGCUUUUCCAUCUUAUUCCCAACGUAAUAUGCCAAUUGAUGAUUGGUAUACCUUUGGAACUUGUACAUAAAAGCUGGCGGGUGGCGCCACUGUACCUAUUAGCAGUUUGUCUAGGUGCAUUACUCCAGUAUGUACUCGACCCUUCCGUUUACUUGAUAGGCUGUUCAGCAGGAGUGUACGCCCUUAUUGCUGCACAUGUUUCCAAUAUCAUUAUUGUACGUUUCACGAACUGGGCAGAAAUGCCAUUUCGGAUUGUUAGAGUGGUAGUCAUAACAAUUUUUGUCCUCUUCGAUGUCGGAAGUGCAAUUUCUCGUAGAAUAGUGGUUGAAGAGUGUGAACGAGUUUCUUAUACUGCUCAUUUAGCGGGAGCAGUAACUGGACUAUUAAUGGGGAUCGUACUUUUGUACAAUCUUAAGAUUAUUAAAUGGGAGCGCGUCUUGAUGUUCACCUGUCUGGGCAUAUACGUCGCUAUUUUCAUUUAUGUGGUUGCAAUGAGUAUUUUUAUUCAGCCUUUCUCAUCACCCUUGUGGGGCUCGGGAAAGUGUAGUACUUGA